AUGAGUUGGGUUCAAAGACUAAAGCGUAAUACCAGAUUAAUCUCUGGUUAUCGUCAAGUAUCUGUGAGAGAUUAUAGAAUGACACAACUUGAGAGUUAUGUGCAGGAUGAGUGUAAGUCUGGAAGGAUUAAGAAGCUUGAGGAUGGUUUGAGAUACUUUGAUCAAUUGAUUUUGGACAGGCCAUUACCAUCAAAUGUUACGUUUAAUCAUGUAUUGAGUUCUCUGUUGAAGAUUAAAUGUAAUUCAGAUGUCAUUGUCUUGUAUAAGAAGAUGAGUUUGGUUGGAGUAAAGCCUAAUUUGUAUACAUUGACCAUUUUGAUUAACUGCUGUUGCCAAUUGGGAAAAGUGAAUUAUGGGUUCUGUUUUCUUGGAGAAAUUAUUAAGAGAGGUCAUCAGCCUAAGGUUAUCACAUUCACUACACUGAUUAAAGGGUUGUGUUUACAAGGGAAGAUUGAUUUUGCAUUCAAAGUGUUUGCUAAAAUGACUCAAUUAGGUAUUCAACCUGAUGCCUUCACAUGUACUACUCUUAUACAUGGGCUUUGUUCAACUGGUCAAGUGGGUCUUGCUCUUCAGCUAAAAAAUAACAUGUCUAAAUGGAACUGCAGACCAACUGUUGUUUCGUAUUCUGCCAUCAUAGACACACUUUGUAAAGGAGGUUUAGUUAAUGAAGCUUUGGUUUUCUUCUGUGAAAUGCACAGAGAUUUAAAUGUUGUUCCCGAUGUAGUUGUUCACAAUUCUUUGAUUGACGGACUUUGUAAUUCAGGCCGGUUCAAUGAGGCAAACAGAUUCUUUGACGAGAUGGUUAGUAAAGGAAUCUUUCCAGAUACAAGGACAUAUAAUUGUAUGAUUCAUGGGCAUUGCCUAAAUGGUCAGCAGGAAGAAGCAAGAAGAUAUUUUGAUGAAAUGAUGGAUCGAGGGAUUUCACCCGAUACAAUAACCUUUAGUAUAUUGAUAGAUACACUUUGUAAAGAUGGGGACACAGAAAAUGCUUUGGGGUUGUUUAAACUGAUGGACAAGAUAAAUGUAAAACCUGAUCAGAUUACUUACAACUCAAUGAUUGAUGGUCUGUGUUUGGCAGGCCGGUUGCAAGAUGCGGUGAAACUGUUCGCCUAAAUGGUGGAUAGGGGCCUUGAACCGAAUGUUACCAGUUGCAAUAUAUUAAUUGAUGGGUAUUGCAAGAAUCAUAUGUUGGAUGAAGCUUUGCAGCUAUUCAAGAAAAUGAGACAAAAUGAAUUGAAGCCGACAAUAGUUACUUGCAAUGUACUGUUAAGGGGACUAUACUGGGAUGGAAGAAUGAAGACUGCUCAGAGGUUUCCUAAUGAGAUGCAAUCUUUUGGUCAAUCUCCAGAUGAAGUUUCAUACGGUAUGAUUUUGGAUGGUCUGUGCAAGAAUUGAAAAAUUGUGGAGGUGAUGGAAUUGCUCGAAUCCAUGGAGGGUACUGGUAUCUUAGCUAAUGUAGAAAUGUACAGUAUCCUUAUCAAUGGUUUGUCUCGGGCAGGGAAGUUGGAAGAUGCAAGAAAACUGCUUGAUGAGAUGCCAGAAAAAGGAUUAGUUCCUAAUGUAGUAACAUGUACCACGAUGAUAGCUGGCCUCUUCCAUCACAGGAUGUCACUGGAGGCUAACAAAUUAAUCAUCCAAAUGGAGGAGAAAGGUUGUUUAUUAGAUUCUAGAACAUACGACACCAUCAUCAAGGGUUUUCUUCAAGGAAAGGAGACUGAGAAGGCAUUACAAUUUCUUCGCAAGAUGCAUGAAAGAAAAUUUGUACCAAGUGAUCCUGUUGUAUCCUUACUAAUAAAAACGCUCUCAACAGAUGAACUGAAAAAUCUGGUUCUGUUUUUGUGAGACCUUGUAACUGUUGAGUGUAACAGUGAAAAUCUGAAAAACUUUGGGGGAUUUGUGUCGCCUGAUACAUUUAAAUGUGGAUCUUUAUUUCUCUCAAA